AUGGACCAAGUUGGAAACCUAGAGAAAGGUGACCUGGGGCAACUUUGCCUGGGCUGGGGCAAAUUUGCCUGGGCGUAUCACCACAUAGGGAGACUGGCAGAAGCCCAGACUUACCUGGAUAAGGUAGAGAACAUUUGCAAGAAGUUUGCAAAUGCUUCCCGCUAUAGAAUGGAGUGUCCUGAGAUGAACUGUGAGGAAGGAUGGGCCUUGGCGAAGUGUGGAGGAAAGAAUUAUGAACAGGCCAAGGCCUGCUUUGAAAAGGCUCGAGAGGUGGGCCCUGAAAAUCCUGAAUUCAGCACUGGGUAUGUCAUCACUGCCUAUUGCCUGGACGGUUUUAACACAACAGACAGUAAUGAGACAUUUUCUCUGCACCCCCUAAAAUGGGCUGUCAGUCUAAAUCCAAAAGAUGCACACAUUAAGGUUAUCCUUGCCCUGAAGCUUCAGGAUGAAGGACAGGAAGCUGAAGGAGAAAAGCACAUUGAAAAAGCUCUAAUCAGUAUGUCUUCACAGACCUAUGUUUUUCGAUAUGCAGCCCAGUUUUAUCAAAGAAAAGGCAAUAUAGAUAAAGCUCUUCUGCUCUUAAAAAUGGCCUUGCAGGGAACACCCACUUCUGCCUUCCUGCAUCACCAGAUAGGGCUUUGCUGCAGGAAACAGACAAAAAAAGCUAAAGGCAGGAUAGAGAAACUGUAG